GUGCACACCAGGUGCCUUGCACGGCCGCGUUCACCUCCACCCACUCCCACCUCGCUCCUGGACCACCCGCAUCCUCCCAGCUCUCUCCUCCCUCCCCUCCCCAACCUGCGCCCCCCACCAAAUUGCAACGCGAUUCGGUGCCGUCCCCAUCCUCAGACUCGGGAGUGAGGGGCAGCGGAGGCGGUGGCUCCAGCCUGCUUUCGUCUCCCGCAAUCCCACUCGGCUCCCGCACCGCCCUUCGUCUCCCCGGACCCCCCCGCCCAUCCCCAGAAGGGUCCUGCCUCAGAACCUCGGACAGCACUGGGAGGAAAAGAGAAGACGCCGGCGGACACCAGGAGAGAGAAUUGGCCGGAGGACCCCCAGUAGACGCCCCGCGGGCCACCCCCGCCCACGGAGACCACUCUUAAUUCCCCUCGAUCGUAUCUCCUGAGCCCUCGCUGGGUGCGAAGCCCCGCGCUAAGCGCUCAUGUCCGGGCUGACCGCCCGACCGGGCCGCUGAGCCCCAGGAGUCGGAGCCGGGCCCCCGGGGCCCAUGCCCACCAUGCCCCUGCUGCCGCUCGCCCUGCUCUUCUCCUGCUCCUUCGCCCGGGCUGCCUGUGACCCCAAGAUCGUCAACAUCGGGGCCGUGCUGAGCACCAGGAAGCACGAGCAGCUGUUCCGGGAGGCCGUGAACCAGGCCAACAAGCGACACGGCGCCUGGAAGAUCCAGCUGAACGCCACCUCCGUCACCCACAAGCCCAACGCCAUCCAGAUGGCCCUGUCCGUGUGCGAGGACCUCAUCUCCAGCCAGGUCUACGCCAUCUUAGUCAGCCACCCACCGGCUCCCAACGACCACCUGACGCCAACCCCGGUUUCCUACACGGCCGGCUUCUAUAGGAUCCCCGUGCUGGGACUGACCACGCGGAUGUCCAUCUACUCCGACAAGAGCAUCCACCUGAGCUUCCUCCGCACGGUGCCCCCGUACUCCCACCAGUCGAGCGUCUGGUUCGAGAUGAUGCGCGUCUACAACUGGAAUCACGUCAUCCUCCUGGUCAGCGAUGACCACGAGGGCAGGGCCUCCCAGAAGAAGCUGGAGACCCUCCUGGAGGAACGCGAGUCUAAGAGUAAAAAAAGGAACUAUGAAAACCUCGGCCAACUUUCCCAUGACAACAAGCGAGGACCCAAGGCCGAAAAGGUGCUGCAGUUUGACCCCGGGACCAAGAACGUGACGGCUUUGCUGAUGGAGGCUCGGGAGCUGGAGGCCAGGGUCAUCAUCCUCUCUGCCAGCGAGGAUGACGCCGCCACCGUGUACCGAGCGGCCGCGAUGCUCAACAUGACGGGCUCCGGAUACGUGUGGCUGGUGGGCGAGCGGGAGAUUUCGGGGAACGCCCUGCGCUACGCCCCCGAUGGAAUCAUCGGCCUGCAGCUGAUCAACGGCAAGAACGAGUCGGCCCACAUCAGCGACGCCGUCGGGGUGGUGGCCCAGGCCGUGCACGAACUCUUCGAGAAGGAGAACAUCACCGACCCGCCCCGGGGCUGCGUGGGUAACACCAAUAUCUGGAAGACGGGACCCCUCUUCAAGAGGGUGUUGAUGUCAUCCAAGUACGCAGAGGGUGUGACAGGGCGGGUCGAGUUCAACGAGGACGGAGACAGGAAAUAUGCCAACUACAGCAUCAUGAACCUGCAAAACCGCAAGCUGGUGCAAGUGGGAAUCUUCAACGGGAGCCAUGUCCUGCCUAAUGAUCGGAAGAUCAUCUGGCCCGGCGGGGAGACGGAGAAGCCUCGGGGCUAUCAGAUGUCCACCAGGCUGAAGAUCGUCACCAUCCACCAGGAGCCGUUUGUGUAUGUGAAGCCCACCCAGGGGGACGGGACCUGCAAGGAGGAGACCACCGUCAACGGUGACCCCAUCAAGAAGGUCAUCUGCACCGGCCCCAAUGAGACCACCUAUGGAAGCAGUCGACAUACGGUGCCCCAGUGCUGCUAUGGCUUCUGUGUUGACCUCCUCAUCAAGCUGGCCCGGACCAUGAACUUCACCUAUGAGGUCCAUCUGGUAGCCGACGGCAAGUUCGGCACCCAGGAACGGGUGAACAACAGCAACAAGAAGGAGUGGAACGGCAUGAUGGGAGAGCUGCUGAGCGGUCAGGCGGACAUGAUCGUGGCCCCGCUGACCAUCAAUAACGAGCGGGCCCAGUACAUCGAGUUCUCCAAGCCUUUCAAAUACCAAGGGCUGACCAUCCUGGUCAAGAAGGAGAUCCCCCGCAGUACCCUGGACUCGUUCAUGCAGCCGUUCCAGAGCACGCUGUGGUUGCUGGUCGGCCUGUCGGUCCACGUGGUGGCUGUCAUGCUCUACCUGCUGGACCGCUUCAGUCCAUUCGGGCGGUUCAAAGUGAACAGCGAGGAGGAGGAGGAAGACGCGUUGACCUUAUCCUCCGCUAUGUGGUUCUCGUGGGGUGUCCUGCUCAACUCUGGCAUCGGGGAAGGUGCCCCCCGGAGCUUCUCCGCCCGCAUCCUGGGCAUGGUGUGGGCUGGCUUUGCUAUGAUCAUCGUCGCCUCGUACACUGCCAACCUGGCUGCUUUCCUGGUGUUGGACCGGCCAGAGGAGCGGAUCACAGGCAUCAACGAUCCCCGGCUCCGCAAUCCGUCCGACAAGUUCAUCUACGCCACGGUGAAGCAGAGCUCGGUGGACAUCUACUUCCGGAGGCAGGUGGAGCUGAGCACCAUGUAUCGACACAUGGAGAAACACAACUACGAGAGCGCCGCCGAGGCCAUCCAGGCCGUCCGCGACAACAAGCUCCACGCGUUCAUCUGGGAUUCGGCGGUGCUGGAGUUCGAGGCGUCUCAGAAGUGUGACCUGGUGACCACCGGCGAACUCUUCUUCCGCUCCGGCUUUGGCAUCGGCAUGCGCAAGGACAGCCCCUGGAAGCAGAACGUCUCCCUGGCCAUCCUGAAGUCCCACGAGAAUGGCUUCAUGGAGGACCUGGACAAGACCUGGGUCCGGUACCAAGAGUGCGAUUCCCGAAGCAACGCCCCAGCGACACUGACCUUUGAGAACAUGGCCGGAGUGUUCAUGCUUGUGGCCGGAGGGAUCGUGGCCGGGAUAUUUCUGAUUUUCAUCGAGAUCGCCUACAAGCGGCACAAGGAUGCUCGCAGGAAGCAGAUGCAGUUAGCAUUCGCGGCCGUGAACGUCUGGAGGAAGAACCUGCAGGAUAGAAAAAGUGGUAGAGCAGAACCCGACCCUAAAAAGAAAGCCACAUUUAGGUCCAUCACAUCUUCUCUGGCUUCCAGCUUCAAGAGGCGUAGGUCUUCCAAAGACACGAGUACCGGGGGUGGACGCGGCGCUUUGCAAAACCAAAAAGACACGGUGCUGCCGCGAAGAGCUAUUGAGAGGGAGGAGGGAGAGUUCAAGAUGUGUUCCCGCCAUAGGGAGAGCUGAGACGCCCACCUCUGCCCACCUCUGCCCACCUCUGCCCACCGCCUCUGCCCGCCCCCC